AUGUCGGAACAUCCAGCAUUCACAAUGGCCGCCCUGACCAGCAUCGGCGGCACCAUCGGCUUCCUCAAGACUCGCAGCGUCCCCUCCCUAGUAGCCGGCGUAGGAGUUGGAGUGGUAUACGCCCUCGCAGGCACCAGGAUCAAGAGUGGCCAGGACUACGGUUACGAGCUAGCAGCGGCCAAUUCACUCUUGCUCGUGGGAAGUAGCGCGCCUAGGUUCGCAAAGGGACCCGUGCCGAAGGGCUUGACAUUGAUCGGCACACUCGCCCUCGCAUUCUAUGGAAAGAAGGUCUACGACUUCCGCGCUUGAUCCUGACAUUCUCCCUUGUAGCGCAAAGCCUCUUGCUUUCAUUGUAACGAUACAACGCAAGACCACUUCAUUCACCUCACGAGCUGUGCAUAUAGUUUGCUCCGAGAGACAGGCACAGACUAUCAUAUCCACAGCCGAGAUCACGAGCGACUGAGUUUGACCUUUGGCGAGGUCAUCAAUGACGCUUUUUGAAAAGAGAGAGAGAAAAAGGGAUAUACAAGAAGAGUCUCUUCGCACAGGGCAGAGGAAGCGCGGGGGGUCUGUCCCAUUUCUCAGAGUACUGGGCUUAAACCACCUCACCCGGCUAGCCGCCUUCACCGACCAGUCAUGACCUGUCAUCUAG